UCGACCACCAGGGCCAACAGCCUGAAGGCGGUUCAGAAGCCCUCUCCCUUCAAAGGCGAACAGGGGGGCGAAGCACGACGCUUUCUGGCCGCGUUCACUCUCUGGGCCAUGUCCCAAGGAUCAACGCUCAACCACGUGGAUGCCACGGGCAACGCGAUCAGCGCGCGCGACGACCAGUGGAUCCGGGCAGUCCUCUCCUUCAUGCAGGACAGUGCGGCUCUCUGGGCCACUCCGGCGAUGGAGGAGAUCACGCAGGGCACCACCCCGUUCAAAGGCCUGUGGACGGAGUUCCGCACCCAGUUCAAGGCCCGAUUCGAGACGGUCGAUGAGGCGGUCGAUGCGAAGGAACGCCUCCGUACGUUGUGGCAAGGCUCCGUGACCGUUCCGGAGUACGCCGCCCGGUUCAACGAGCUCUCCACCCGCACGGGCUACUCCAAGGCCGACCUCCGCGACCGCUUCUACGAGCACCUUGCGGACUCCAUCAAGGACGAUUUGGUACACACGGCAAGGCCCAUCGCUUCUCUGGAGGACCUCAUCACCGUCUCCUCCGACAUCAAUGUACGUGUCCGCCAACGCCGUGCCGAACGGGAUCGUCAGCGCGGACGCGCCACCACCACCACCACCGUGGCCAAGCCGGCUGCUCCGCUGCAUGCCACCCCCUUCACGCUGCCUGCCCGGGACCCGAACGCAAUGGACAUCGACGCCACCCGCACGCGCGAAGAGUUCAACCGCCUCAUGCGCGGCAAGUGCUACGGUUGUGGCUCUACGGCGCAUGUCAAGAAGGACGGCGGCCACGAUCGGGACAUCUGCGGCUACUGUCGCCGCGCAGGGCACCGCGGGACGGUAUGCAUGGACAAGUUCCUGAAGAAGCUCCGCUCGCAGAAGCUUGCUGCAACA